AAAGACAGAUCGAAGGCAAAUCAGCCAUGAAAGAUCGGUUCUGAACUCGCUCGACUCGAAAGGGUUUUUCCUUAUUCUAUUGCUCCUUUGGAUUAUCCUCUCCGAUGGGUAACGGUUUCGGGAAGCUCAGCGUCUGCUUCUCCGGCGCUGGAGGAGCACCCCGUCGGAACGACUUGGCUGUACUGAUAUCAGAGCCUCUGGAUGAAGGGCUUGGCCACUCCUUCUGUUACGUUCGUCCUGAUCCCUUCCGCUUCUCUUCUUCUAAGGUUCAUUCCGAGGAAACCACUACCUUCCGCUCCAUCUCCGGUGCCUCUGUAAGUGCCAACACCUCAACCCCUCUCUCCACUGCUUUUGUCGAUCUUUACUCCUAUAACAGUCUCGAUCGUGCUUCCGCUUUUGAGAGCUCCACUUCCUUUGCUUCCAUUCCUCUCCAACCAAUUCCUCGCUCGUUGUUUAGUUCUGGUCCCUUGUCCGGCAGUAGUACCUUCUCAGGCCCCAUGGAUAGGGGAUUCAUGUCCGGACCUAUUGAAAGAGGAUUCCUUUCUGGGCCUCUCGAGCGCAGCGCCAUCUUCUCUGGCCCUUUGGACAAGGGCCCUGAUCAGUUUCAGAGGAGUUUCUCCCAUGGGGGUUACGCAUUGAGACCCCGAUCCAAGAAGUCUUCUUUCAUCGGGGUUCUACGCAGGGCCAUCGCCAAGACCUUAACUCGUGGUAGCCACCACAGUUCCAUCGUCGCUCCGGGAGUUAAAAGGGUUGCUUCCGUCAAGGAAUCCGAUUGGGUUGCUGGGUCCGACAAGAACGGCGAGAAUCUGACAAUUAGCAGCACCAAUCUGAGCAGUGAAACCAGCUUGGAAGAUGACGAUUCUUUGGAGGGUCAGAAUCUUCAAUGGGCUCAAGGGAAGGCUGGAGAAGAUCGAGUUCAUGUUGUCAUCUCGGAAGAACAUGGUUGGGUUUUCGUCGGGAUUUAUGAUGGAUUUAAUGGUCCUGAUGCCCCCGAUUAUCUUCUCGCUAAUCUCUACUCUGCUGUACAUAAGGAGCUCAAGGGCUUAUUAUGGGAUGACAAGAACGAGCCCGCCAGUGCUUCGGCGGCGGAAUCUUGUUUGGAGAAGGAGAAGGUGAAGGAAGACGUUUCAGUUCAUACUGAACGUUCUGAUCCCUUUAGAACUGAGAAUCCGUAUUGUAUUGAUGAUAGUUAUUCUCGGUGUUCACAGCCUGAGACUAGCCCCUCCGGAGGUGGAGAUGUUAACCCCAAUCCGAAUUCGAAUUUAAAGAGGAGAGGUAGGAGGAACUCCAGGAACAGGUUUAGAGGGGCAGCGAAGAAAUGGGAGGAGAGUCAGAGGAGGUGGAAAUGCGAAUGGGACAGGGAGAGAUUGGAACUCGACCUCAGAUUAAAGGGGCAAUUGAGUGAUUCUGUUUCCGGAUCUAAUACUGUUACUCACUCCGAUGUCUUGAAAGCUCUUGCUCAGGCUUUGAGAAAAACAGAGGAAGCCUAUUUAGAAGUUGCCGACAAGAUGGUUAUGGAAAAUCCUGAAUUAGCUCUGAUGGGCUCAUGUGUUCUGGUUAUGUUGAUGAAAGGGGAAGAUGUCUACUUGAUGAAUGUGGGUGACAGUCGAGCAGUCUUAGCUCAGAAAGCAGAGCCUGACCUGUGGAUCGGUAAGGGUCCUCAAGACUUGGAACGGAUCAAUGAGGAAACUUUGCAUGAUCUUGAAGCAUUCGAUGGCGAUCAGCCCUACAAGUUACCCAGUUUAGAUGCCGUUCAGCUAACUCUGGACCAUUCAACUUGUGUGGAAGAGGAAGUCCAGAGAAUAAAGAAUGAACAUCCAGAUGAUGCUUCUGCUCUCUUGAAUGAUAGAGUAAAAGGCUCCUUGAAGGUCACAAGAGCUUUUGGCGCUGGCUUUCUCAAACAGCCAAAAUGGAACAAUGCACUUCUGGAGAUGUUCAGAAUAGAUUAUGUAGGAACUUCCCCAUACAUCACCUGUUGCCCAUCUCUCCACCAUCAUAGACUGGGGCCUAAAGACAGAUUUUUGAUAUUGUCGUCUGAUGGGCUCUAUCAAUAUUUCACCAAUGAAGAGGCAGUCUCCCAAGUUGAACUCUUCAUUUCUUUUUCGCCGGAAGGGGAUCCAGCACAACACCUUGUUGAAGAGGUCCUGUUUCGUGCAGCAAAGAAAGCUGGUAUGGACUUCCAUGAGUUACUUGAAAUACCACAAGGGGAUCGUCGCCGAUAUCACGAUGACGUCUCUGUCAUUGUUAUCUCUUUGGAGGGAUGCAUAUGGAGAUCAAGUAUGUAAAUAGAGAAGUCCACAAAACAGAAAAUAUAGAGUCAUUCACAGAAAUCCAAGGCCCCCCUUUUUUCUAUUAUCCUUUUUGUUCCUUUUGUUUACCAUUACCCUUUUUCCCCGUUUUCUUUUUCCCAAGCUACCUUUGUAACAUACCAAUUAAAACUCAGGGCAGAGACAAGAGUCUUAGUUGUGUAAAGAUGUAAAAGCUGCUUCUUGAUUUUAAAAGUCUUAGAAAAAUUGUAACUUUCCAAUAAAUGGUACUCCUCAAAAGAGUUCCAUUAUGAAAAUUAAUUACUAAAUAGAGUGACCCAUUGGUCCCAAUGCUUCUUUCUUCUA